CUGAUCAGCAUCCUUGGCUCCACCAUAACAGCCAUUUUGUGUUAGGCUAAAGAAACACUCUCUCUUGCUCUCUAUACACAUCCCCACCUCAUUUAACCCUCCCCUCGUAUAAACUUGACGUAGCUUGCUCUCCCCCCUCCUGACGCGCCACUGCGUACCAGGCCCUGCAAAACCAGACUCUCUCAGUCUGACGGUCUUGCCAGGGGGGGCUCCACCUGCAUUGAUGUUGCUGAACUAGGGAGAGGCUGGGAGCCUAUAGGAAAAAAUAAAAGACUUGGAGAGGAAGAACACGGUGGAUCCGAGAAGCAGGCUCGAUGGAAUAACUUACUGCUGUCUACAAUCUCAACAGGACAUCGCUAUAAGGAAUCAGGUGGUCUCUGAUUCCUGGCUGGGCUUUGUCCCAUCAAUUCCUGUGUAGUACAGAACACCAACACUCAGACAUCAUGGCAGCUGCCUCGGUGAAAGUAGCUGUGAGGGUCCGUCCCUUCAAUUCCCGAGAGAUUGGAAAAGAGAGCAAGUGUAUCAUCCAGAUGUCAGGCAACACUACCACAAUAGUAAACCCAAAACAGCCAAAGGACAACAAAAGCUUCAACUUUGACUAUUCCUAUUGGUCACACACAACUCCAGAAGAUAUCAACUAUGCAUGUCAGAUGCAGGUGUAUAAAGACAUUGGGGAGGAAAUGCUUCUGCAUGCUUUUGAGGGAUAUAAUGUGUGUAUCUUUGCCUAUGGGCAAACUGGCGCAGGAAAGUCAUAUACCAUGAUGGGAAAGCAAGAGAAAGACCAAGAGGGGAUCAUCCCAUUGCUAUGUGAGGAUCUGUUUACCAAGAUCAAUGACAAUAAUGACAAUAGCAUGUCAUACUCAGUUGAGGUUAGCUAUAUGGAGAUCUACUGUGAGCGUGUUCGAGAUCUGCUGAACCCAAAGAACAAAGGGAACCUGCGUGUGCGAGAGCAUCCGCUAAUGGGACCGUAUGUGGAGGACUUAUCUAAACUAGCCGUAACUUCUUACAAUGACAUCCAGGACCUGAUGGACUCUGGCAACAAAGCCAGGACUGUGGCAGCCACCAACAUGAACGAGACAAGCAGCCGUUCCCAUGCAGUUUUCAACAUCAUCUUCACACAGAAACGGCAUGACAGCGAGUCAGAAAACACCUCUGAAAAGGUCAGCAAAAUCAGCCUCGUCGACUUGGCAGGAAGCGAGAGGGCUGAUUCUACUGGAGCUAAAGGCACUAGACUGAAGGAAGGAGCUAAUAUCAACAAAUCCUUAACAACACUGGGCAAAGUUAUCUCUGGUUUAGCUGAGAUGGACUCUGCACCAAACAAGAACAAAAAGAAGAAGAAGGUUGAGAGCUUUAUUCCAUACAGAGAUUCAGUUUUGACAUGGCUGCUGAGGGAAAACCUUGGAGGUAACUCGCGUACUGCAAUGAUAGCAGCUCUAAGUCCUGCCGAUAUAAACUAUGAUGAAACUCUCAGUACUCUCAGGUACGCUGACCGUGCCAAGCAGAUCCGAUGCAACGCUGUCAUCAACGAAGAUCCCAACAACCGCCUGGUGCGUGAACUAAAGGAAGAAGUGGCUCGUCUGAAGGAUCUACUCUAUUCUCAGGGUCUUGGAGACAUCAUUGAGACAUAUCGGACAGCAGGUCCUGGGAUAGCUGCCCUUAAAUUUAUUCCCAAUUCUUGGCGAGACUUGUGCAAAUACAAGCCUAAUAUCAAUAGCAUCCAGGCUGCCAAUCAAAAGGGUGAUUUCUCCACAGUGACCAAUGCCAUGACAGGAAUGAGCCCGUCUCCCUCUCUCACCGCCCUGUCCAGCCGAGCUGGCUCCAUCAGCAGCCUGCACGACCGGAUCAUGUUCAGCCCCGGAAGUGAGGAAGCCAUUGAGAGGCUGAAGGAAACUGAGAAGAUAAUUGCAGAACUCAAUGAAACUUGGGAAGAGAAGCUUCGCCGCACAGAGGCUAUUAGGAUGGAAAGGGAAGCACUUUUGGCUGAAAUGGGUGUGGCGAUGAGAGAAGAUGGAGGAACAGUUGGAGUCUUUUCUCCAAAGAAGACGCCUCACUUGGUCAAUCUAAAUGAAGAUCCACUGAUGUCUGAAUGCUUGUUGUACUACAUUAAAGAUGGAAUCACCAAGGUCGGCCGUGAGGAUGCCAGCAGUCGGCAGGACAUUGUCCUGAGCGGUCACUUCAUCAAAGACGAGCACUGUAUCUUCACAAGUAGCACAAAUGCCUCGGGAGAGGGAACGGUGGUAUUGGAGCCCUGUGAAGGAGCUGAGACUUAUGUUAAUGGCAAGAGAGUGACAGAGCCUAUUGUUCUCAGAUCAGGUAACCGUAUCAUCAUGGGCAAGAGCCACGUGUUCCGUUUCAAUGAUCCAGAGCAAGCACGGCAAGAGAGGGAGAGAACCCCGUGUGCAGAAACACCUGUGGAGCCGGUGGACUGGGCCUUCGCCCAGAGAGAACUACUGGAUAAACAAGGGAUUGAUAUGAAGCAAGAGAUGGAGCAGAGAUUACAGGAGCUUGAGGAACAGUACCGCAAGGAGAGAGAAGAGGCGAGCAACCUUCUGGAACAACAGAGACUGGACUACGAGAGAAAGCUGGAAGCUCUUCAGAGGCAGGUUGACUCCAGAUAUUACCCAGAAACCACGGAGGAAGAAGAGGAACCAGAAGAGGAAGUGCCGUGGACAAACCGAGAGACAGAACUGGCCCUCUGGGCUUUCCGUAAAUGGCGAUUCUACCAGUUCACCUCGCUCAGAGACAUGCUCUGGGGAAAUGCAAUUUUCCUCAAAGAGGCUAAUGCCAUUAGCGUAGAGCUGAAGAAAAAGGUUCAAUUUCAGUUUGUGUUGUUAACGGACACACUGUACUCCCCGCUGGCCCCUGACCUCCUGCCUCCCAGCAUAGCCAAAGACAGGGAGAAAAGACUGUUCCCUCGCACCAUCGUAGCCGUAGAGGUUCAGGACCAGAAAAAUGGUGCCACACACUACUGGACCCUAGAGAAACUCAGACAAAGACUGGAUUUGAUGAGGGAAAUGUAUGACCGAGCAGCGGAGGUGCCCAGUACUGCAGUUGAGGAAUGUGACCACAUGAUGUCUGGCGGUGACCCCUUCUAUGACCGCUUCCCAUGGUUCCGCCUGGUUGGCCGCACUCCCAUUCUCAACACAUGCAUGAGAGAGCGCAUGAGCGACCCCACCCUCUCCCCCACCCUCUCUGAUCCCGACUCUGACAUAACCGAGCUCGCCGAUGAGCGGCAUUAUGGGAAAGUGGAGGUGGAGGAGUUGGAGGACCUGGACGAUGAGCUCUUUUUGGAGGACCUGGGCUCAGAGCUUGGGAGAGAGGAGGAGGAGGAGGAAGGUGUGAGGGAACACUGCCCAGGUGCCAGCCAUGGCCAGGACCCCUUUUACGACCGCUGGCCUCUGUUCAGUUUAGUGGGCAGGGCGUUUGUGUAUCUGAGUAACCUGCUGUAUCCUGUGCCCCUGGUGCACCGUGUGGCCAUUGUGAGUGAGAAGGGCGAGGUCAAGGGCUUCCUCCGAGUGGCAGUUCAAGCUAUUUCUGCUGAUGAAGAAGCUCCCGAUUAUGGUUCAGGUGUGCGACAAUCAGGAACCGCCAAGAUCUCAUUUGAGGAUCAACAGUUUGAGAAGUUCCAGACAGAGUCAUGCAGUGGUGGGCUGACUUACACAAGCACAUCUCAAGAGGAGCUGCGCAUUGUAGAAGGAGAAGGACAAAGCUCAGACAUGGGACUCAAUGCUGAUGAGGUCAACAACAACAACUGUGCAGCCUCUCCUGAUGUUCCUAACAGUCCUCUGAAGGACAGUCUCGAGUGUCCUUUCGAUGUGACUCAGGACAAAACUUUACAGCACUUAAAGAUUGGCAGCAACUUCACCUUCAGAGUCACAGUUCUCCAGGCCUCCAGCAUCUCAGCUGAGUAUGCAGACAUCUUCUGCCAGUUCAACUUUAUUCACAGGCACGACGAGGCGUUUUCCACUGAACCCUUGAAGAACACGGGCAGAGGGCCUCCUCUGGGAUUCUACCAUGUGCAAAAUAUAACCGUGGAGGUCACCAAGUCCUUUGUGGAAUACAUAAAAAGUCAGCCAAUCGUUUUUGAGGUAUUCGGACACUACCAAAAACAGCCCUUCCCUGCUCUGUGUAAAGACUUAAUCAGUUCAUUACGUCCAACAAGAAGGCAUUUUCCCAGAGUUAUGCCUUUGUCAAAGCCAGUGCCCGCCACUAAACUGAGCACCCUGAGACGCUCCACCGCCGGCCCCUGUCACUCCAAAUACGACCUUAUGACCUUUUUUGAGAUCUGCGAGCUGGAAGCCAAUGGAGACUACAUCCCAGCUGUUGUUGAUCACAGGGGUGGAAUGCCCUGCCAUGGUACAUUCCUGUUGCACCAGGGGAUCCAAAGGAGAAUUACGGUCACUAUAGCCCAUGAAACUGGCAAUGACAUUGAGUGGAAGGAGGUUAAAGAGCUGGUCAUAGGACGCAUCCGUAACACACCCGAGGCGGACGAGACGAUCAUAGAUCCCAACAUCCUGUCUCUCAACAUCCUGUCAUCAGGCUACAUACGGCCAUCUUAUGAUGACAGUGUGUCAUUGGGAAUUGACCAUAGGACAUUUUACCGCUUUGAAGCAGCGUGGGACAGCUCCAUGCACAACUCUCUGCUGCUGAACCGCGUCACCCCCUACGGAGAGAAAAUUUACAUCACUUUAUCUGCUUACCUUGAGAUGGAAAACUGCACCCAGCCCACUGUUAUAACCAAGGACUUCUGCAUGGUCUUCUACUCCAGAGAUGCAAAGCUUCCUGCAUCACGCUCCAUUCGCAACCUCUUCAGCACGGGUGCCUUCAGGCCCUCUGAGAGUAACCGUGUGACCGGAGUGUACGAACUAAGCCUUUGCCAUUUGGCAGACAUUGGAAGUCCUGGUAUGCAAAGGAGACGCAGACGGGUGCUGGACACCUCAGUGGCGUAUGUGCGUGGAGAGGAGAACCUGGCGGGCUGGAGGCCCCGCAGCGACAGCCUCAUCCUGGACCACCAAUGGGAGCUGGAGAAACUCAGCCUACUGCAGGAGGUGGAGAAGACCAGGCAUUAUCUUCUGCUGAGAGAGAAGCUAGAAGCAUCUCUGUUUCUGGGACACGAUUCUUUUUGUGGUAAAGACUUGAUGGAGUCACCUAAGGCCUCCAGCCCCGUGAUGACGAUGAACCCAGUAGUCAGUCUGGGUCUGGACAGUCCCAAUGAGAGACAGAGGGAACUGGCUGCCAAGUGUGUACGACUGCUCAUGCACACGUUCAACAGGCAGUAUAGCCAGGUGAGCAGCAGUCUCAGUGAAAGCAAGCUGUCAGAAAUGUCAGCAUCACUUUUAAGAGAGAGUUCUUCUUCAGCUCUGAGCACUCUGACCCCCUCCUCCACCUGCCCUUCACUGGUGGAUGGUCACUUUGGCAGUCAAGACUUCAGAGGAGCUGAGGCUAACUCUGGUGCCUCAAGCCCUGACCUCGAUCCUUUCAGCCCUGUAGAGAGAAAACUCAGGAGCUGCACCUUUAUCCCAAACAUCCAAGAGGUCCGAGUCAGCCCCAUUGUGUCAAAGAAAGGCUAUCUACAUUUUCUGGAGACACAUACCAACGGCUGGGUGAAGCGUUACAUUGUAGUGCGACGGCCAUAUGUGUACCUGUACCGCAGUGAGAGAGACAACGUGGAGAGAGCCGUCAUUAACCUGUCUUCUGCCCAGGUGGAGUACAGUGAAGAUCAGCAGACCUUGUUGAGGGCUCCUUACACAUUUGCUAUGUGCACCGAGCACCGUAACAUUCUCCUCCAAGCCAGCAAUGACAAAGAGAUGCAUGACUGGCUGUAUGCAUUCAACCCACUGCUGGCAGGAACCAUCAGGUCUAAGCUUUCCAGAAGAAAAUCACAGAUGAGGAUGUGAACUUUUCUCCAGCUUAAAACAUAUACAGUUAGCUAACAGGCCCUUGUGAUGUAAUUAGGUCAUGUGAUCAUGAGUGUCCUAUACCCACCUUAUCUCAGCUGCCUGCCUACCCUAGCACUCCUUUCCAUGCCAACUAUAGACUGUGCGACUGGCUUCACAAAGUGUGUUUAUGUGUGUAUGUCAGGCUCUGUUUAGUCAGUUACAAACCUAAAUUGAAAUAUAUUCAAAUAUUCAACACUCUCCCAACAUUGCUCAAAACUAGAAUGGCAAAACAGCAUUUAGACAUGACCCCACUCCUAAGUGUUAUAGCAUUCAUUUGUAAAUGCGACACAAUGCUCUUUUUGUGCUCUUCUGUGCUUUUGCAGAGUAGAUGUCAAGCGCUUUUACCUGGGCUUUAGUAGAUGCUUCUUGUUUUAUAGUUUUGGCCACAGUCUUUUUCAAGGGAUGCAGAGCUUAUUUCGAGGGAACUUUUUUGCGUUUUAGAUGAUUGCCAAUAAUUCAAUUGCAGGGAAAUGCAACUGAACUUGGUAAUUGUCUGUUACAUCAACCCGAAAUCAACAUUGGAAAACUACUAACUUUCUACCAUACUGACAUUUAUUUUUGUCUCUUUAUUUUCAUCUGUAAUGUCUUUUUAACAUUACAUUAUGUUUACUUAUUUAUUAAGCAUUAUAUGUUUUAUAAACAUAAUUGAUUUAUCGAGAGGUCGCUAUAGCGUGUUACUUUUAAUUUUUCACCUUGCACUUUUGAUACCAAGCUUUGGUUGUUUCGCAGAUUUGUUUAGUUAAUUUGCACGAGAGCUCUGGUGCUACAGAGAAUCUCCACUGCUUUAAUGUUUCUUUUCUGUUACUCAUACACAGAAACACCGUCAGAGCACUUUUAACCUUUAGAUGUGGGAGAUUAGAUUUAGAUUUUAUCACAAUUCUUAACAAACUGUUGUGCAGGAGGCCCAUGUUCAUGAGAAUACUGUAUCUUUAUUGCCUUGUUCCUCUUUUGUAGCUGCUAUGGUAUGUUCAGGUCAUCCUGGCCUUAAUGUUAUGAUAGAAUAUCUGUAUUGAAGCCAGGAUCUCUCUCUUGGUAUGUGAUGGCAAUGAGAUGUCUUAAAAGAAGAGAUCCAGUGUUACAAUAUAUAACCAGAAGUUUAUACAUUUCUGUUUAAUCACCGUCAGCUCAGCUAAAUGGUCGCUCAUUUGUUUUAGUUUUUUUUAGAUGCCUUUAUUAUAGCAUACCCAUACAGUACAUGUUGAAAGAAUCCCUUGUUUUAUCCACAUUUUGCCUUGUGACUAUAAAGAGAGAGUAUACCUAGAAAAACAUUUCCUAUCAGGCCAUUCAAAUGAUAGGCAGAAGUAAAACUAGAGACCAAAAACACAAUAACGUAUGUUGAUCAAUUCAGAAAUCUGCUGUAUGAUCUGAGCUCAUGCUAGUGGUCAGUCAACCAUUCAGUAUGUUGCUCAUGCCGUAUGUUGCACUUUUUAAGAUCCUGUUGUGGGAGAAAUGAUGUUUUGUGCCAUGGGCUAGCCAACCCAAAGAGCACAAAUGUAGCAGUGAUACUGAGUUAUCUGAACAUACGUAAGAGUCAUCGUGUCUUUGCAUUUCUGGUCUUUACCCUGCAAGCAGCAGUAUAAAUAUACCUUGAUAAUACAUUCAAUGAAACAGAUGUAAAUCUAAGUGUCUUCACAUUAUAUUAACAGGUAUACCUCUCAGUACCCCGAUUCAGAUUUGUAUUCAUUUUGUCUUUAAUAAUGCUAUGAAUAUGAUAGCAUGCUGUACAUAUUUAUUCCGCUUUUAGAUGAAAUGUAUCAAAUGUAUACCUCCAUACAGUACAAGAGUAGCAAUGACAUUAAAAAAUAGUUCCGUUGUAUCAUUUUAGCGAAAUAAAGGAAUACAGUCAACUAUAAGCAUGUAGUGUUUGCAAACCCUCGGAUUUGACACAUGCAAUGCAACAAGACAUAUUGCAGUCCAAUGAGAUUUAUAGGGUUUGUAGUUCAAAUGCGUCUCUCACUCUAUGGAUCUUUUGUGUUUCUUUCCAAGCAUCCCUUUGAAUAGACACCUGUCAUCCAUCCAAAUAUUCCAAAUUUACAGAGGAUCUCAAUAUAAACUAAGUGUAUUUACUGUAAUUGCUUCUAUAUUUUUGUUGAUUUGCUCUGUAUAUAAACCUGUGGUCUAGCACACAGCUGUAACCACUUUAUACCAUAAUGAAUGGGCUGUAGUGUACUCAGUGCUCAAGUUCUUUGAGUGUUGGACCUGUGUCUUCUAAUGUCUGUGGACACUUAACACUUUGUCGGCUGUGAAAUAAAUGUGAAAUAUGCGCAACCUUG